AUGGACCAAAUCGAACGUACUCAAAUCGCCCUAACUGUUAAUGAAAAGAAGAUGAUCUUAUCCGUUCAUAACUAUAUUCAAGAAAAAAUGAAAAUGACCGAUGAAAUAAGAAUAACUGACGAACAGUUAAAGAAAGCCACUAACCUUCGUAAAGAAGUUUCCAUAGCAACAGGGGUAGGUGAAGCAACUGUUGCCCGUGUCGUUGCUGAAUUCAAUAAAACCGGAAAGGUUACAUCAUCAGAACAAGGUCACCAAGCUCCCAAAGAUUUUCACGCAGAAUACGUUAAUGCAGUUCAUGAUUUAAUUCUCUCUGCAAAUAGAGACGGUCUUCCUCUUACCCUUCGAUCCAUAGUCUUUGAAUUAUCUGAAUUAGGCUUU